CUUUGUAUCAACAUUUUGAAACAAAAUAAAUUUCGAUUUCGAUCUUUUAUCUUGAAUAAUGUUUAUCUAAAACAGCGAUAUUUCAUUAAAAUGGCUUUCCCAAAAGUCGAGGGAUACGUGGUGACUGAAAAACUUGGUUCUGGAAGCUAUUCAACGGUUUACAAAGCAUAUACAAAGGUGGGCGGUCGCGCGAUCGUCGCAGUGAAAUGCGUAGAGAAGUCGCGCGUGCGCGGCGCCGCGGCUGACAACCUCAUCACCGAGAUCAGGCUGUUGAAGACUCUGUCGCAUCCGCAUAUUGUUGCCAUGCGCGAGUUCUCAUGGGACGACAGGAACAUCUACAUAAUAACGGAGUACUGCUGUGGCGGCGACUUGUCCAAAUAUAUUCGUAGAUACGGUCGCGUUCCGGAAAAACAGGUCCUGUACUUCUUGCAGCAGCUGGCUUCUGCGCUCAAGUUUUUAAGAGAAAAAGGCGUUGUCCACAUGGAUUUGAAGCCGCAUAAUCUUUUGCUGCACAAAGGAUCUGAUGGCAAAUAUAUCCUCAAAGUGGCAGAUUUCGGCUUCGCCCGGUUUCUAUCUGACGAGAGUCGUCAGAAAAUGGUUCGCGGCUCCCCCCUUUAUAUGGCUCCAGAAAUGUUGCACGGCGACUACACGGCCAGCGUCGAUUUGUGGAGCGUUGGUGUGAUAAUGUACGAAUGCCUGUUCGGCACGGCGCCAUACUCCUCCGCCACGCUUCAAGAACUCAUCAACAAGAUACAGAGCCGGGCGCCCAUACAGUUACCCCACGGCGCUGGUAUCUCUUCAGGAUGUAAGGACCUGCUAACCAGACUCCUGAAGCAUGACCCUGAGGAGAGGAUCAGCUAUGAGGAGUUUUUUCAGCACCCCUACUUGGACCUCGAGCAUAUGCCGAGCAAAGAAAACUAUGAUAAGGCUGUGGCGUUAAUAAAGCAGGCUGUGUCCUUGGACGCAGCGGGGCGGUUAGAGGAAGCGUUUGCAGCUUAUUGCUCAAGCUUACGAUACUUAGUGCCCGUCGUCCACUGCGAAAGCGAUGCGAUGCGGCGGCAGGCGCUCAGGGCCAAACUUACCAGCUACAUGGACCGCGCCGAGCAGCUCAAGCUCGCGUUACGAGGGGGCGCUGCCCCCGCCCCCGCCCCCGUGCCCCGCGCCGCCCCCCGGGGGCACGCUACAGUGAACGCAAUAGGUCAUGUGGAAGAAAAACAGAUGCCGGUCGACCGAGUGAGUGCUGAGAGCGAGCGAGACGACGAUAAGGAGCCUCCUGACCGUCGCCGCGGCAAAGAGGGAGGGGUACGUGCAAGACUGUGGCGCCUGCUCGGGCGGCACACACCCAGCUUGGACACAGAACCCUCGGAGGAUGCAGGCCCCUCAGACAAAGGAAAAGAGGACCCGGCGGGUGACGUAUGCCGUAUCACGUGA